AUGCGCAGCUCAACAGGCCCGCCUGGCUGUGGCAAGGGGACGCAGUCGCCUGUCAUCAAGGACGAAUACUGCCUUUGCCACUUGGCCACUGGUGACAUGCUGCGCGCCGCGGUGGCCGCCGGGACGCCCCUGGGGAUGGAGGCCAAGAAGGCGAUGGAGAGCGGCGCUUUGGUCAGCGAUGAAAUCGUCGUGGGCCUAAUCAACGAGGCCAUGGACAGGCCGGAGUGCUCCAGGGGCUUCAUCCUCGACGGCUUCCCGCGCACCCUGCCGCAGGCCGAGAAGCUCGACGAGAUGCUGGAGCAGCGUCACAAGAAGAUCGACGCGGUGCUGAACUUUGAUGUGCCUGACAGCCUCCUGGUGGAGCGCAUCACUGGCCGCCUGAUCCACCCGUCAAGCGGGCGCAGCUACCACGAGCGCUUCGCCCCCCCAAAGGUGCCGGGCAAGGACGACAUCACGGGCGAGCCCCUGGUGCGCCGCAAGGACGACAACGCGGAGACCCUCAAGGCCCGCCUGGCGGCCUUUCACUCGCAGACAGCGCCCUUGAUCGAGUUCUACAAGCAGCGGGUGGCCAUCAUUGAUGCCGCCAAGCCGCAGGAGGAGGUGGCCAAGCAAAUUCGCAACGCUAUGGCCUGA